UCCCUGGCACAGAGCAACUUUUUUGCUGCUGUGUUGUAGAAUGGCAGUGAGUUGCUUCAGCCAAAAUACAGCACCAUCUCCAAACUGGACAACAGUGCAGAUAUGUCCUCAGUGGAUAUAAGUCUGUCUGCAAAACAAAGCCAACUUCUGCAUGGAUAAACAAAGAUGACAGCUGGAUAACGUGGACAGCAUCGCCAAAAUGAAUUCCUCCUCUCUGGACUGGUCCAUUCAGAGUGCAUUGUCAUCUCUUUACCCCCCAUUUGAGGCCACUGCUCCAACGGUCCUGAGCCAGCUCUUUCGUACCAUUGAGGCACGAUACCAGGGAGACACACUGCAGUGUUUUUUGGAUUACCUCAUUCCAGCCAAACACAUCCUAGAGAGUGUGCAACAGGCUGCCUGUGCGGAGUACUCUGAUGUUUUGUUCCGGUGUGAAGGUUGGCCUCUCUGUUUGAGAGACCGUGUGGUAAUCCAGCUAGCCCCCAUUAAUCCCUUACUGUUACGUCCUGGAGACUUCUACUUGCAGGUGGAACCCUUUGGGGAACAGUCAGCUCGCAUAGUCCUCAAGAGCCUCCUGGUGCAGGAAGAUAUCUUGACACAGGAGGAUCUGGUAUUACUAGCAGGUUUUAGGGUACAAGAAGGCCCUGCUGUGGAGGAGACUCCCAUCCCAGAGACAUCCUAUCCUUGCAUUUUCACUGAAGCUUGGUUAAAGGAAAUCAAUGAGGGUCGUCAUGGUCAUCAGCUACAUCAGUGUGUGCUUUCUUCUGAUCAGGGGAUUGUAAAGGUGUCCUGGGCAGAAGUGAUCAACCCUGAAUUUUUGGACAGGCCAAAAGCGAAGGUUGAGUCUAAAACAUCAUGCACAACUGCAGGCUUAAUACAGCAAGAUAAUUCUGAGGAAAAGCCCAACUUGCAGUUUCCUGUAAGCAUGUCCUUUCCCAAAACAACUCUUGAACCAGAAACCAUAAUCAUUCCAGCUAAAAAUGAGGUUGCAGUUUCACAUCGAUUAGUGAAAAGUGGCAACAGAUUUGUUAAUCUGGAACAAGGGAAACCUGUGAACAAUCCUGUAGGCAAACCUGUUGGUUGGGUUUCCCCAAAUACAUGGGAUAGCAAGCCCAUUCGAGAGCUGGAGGGGGACUAUGUAGAUCUUUUGGAUUUUGCCAAAGAGAAGGACGCUUUAAGCUUUAAAAUGGCUGUUAUACCUUCAGAACCAGUGUCUUUCAGACCUCAUUCCCCUUCUCCAAAAGGAGACAGCACCCCAUGUGUUCAACCCUCAGGACUGAUGGAUAAGCGCUGUGUUCCAUGUUCAAGAAAUAAUCAGUUUUCUGAAGAUGCACAGAAGGGUUCCGAAUCCAAGGGUAGGCAUCGUCAGUCUUACCUAGCAGCUAUAAAAAACCCAGUUAGUUUUGAGAAGGCAAGCACAAUAGUGCCCCUGAAUGAAACAUGGCCAGGCUUAGGAGAAGCAGAACCAGGCUAUGAGGCACAAGGGAUUGAUCUUGGGUUUGAGUCUUUGAGCAGUUCACCAGUGCAGGGUUCAACGCAACUUGGGCAAAACCUAAUACAGUCCUGUCCGGAUUCAGUUGAGCAAGAUCAGAACUUAGUUCAAAUUAAUAUGAACGCAAUACACCUUUCCCAGAACACAGCACUGCCAAGUCUCAACACAGCUGAACAGCCAAAGUACUUGCUUACUGAAAAACCUCCAGACAAUCUUCAGAAAAUUAUACUGAAACAUACUGGAGUAGUUAAUGUCAACAGGCAACACUGCCUGACUGAGCAGGAACCCUGUCAAAUGCGGACCGGUGUACAUAAGCAUCACAAAAUGCAACACUUGCCCAAAAUGGGACUAAGGGCUUUGCCAGAUCAUAGAAGUCGCAGGCAAGAGACUGCUGCCCACAAAUUUCAAGUUGUAGGCAAGGGAAGACAAAUAGAUCAGUUUGUUUACGGCUUUGCACGUCCUCAUAAAUCGCUUGAUGAACAUGCAGGACAGAGACCUUCUCUAUUUCCUCACCCACAGAACAGUCUGAACAUGCUUCAAGAACAAAACAGUCAAUUUGAACAAAGACCUUACUGUGAAAACAAGCAAUGCGGUGAAAGCCCUGUACAAGCAUUGAAAGGUUUUGGGAAAAGCAGGCCUAAAGCCCACUCUGCUUCCUUAGUAUCAGAGCCAGCCAGGGAAUAUUCACAGGAGGAUAGGCCAGCCAGCAGGAGUCACAGUGAUGUCUGUCCAGAAAUCAUUCCCAUGGUUCCUGGAGUUCAGGUUCAACGAAGCAAGAAAUGCAGUACCUUUGGACUUGCGUCCCCAAAACUAGACAGACGGAAAGCAGCAAAAAAUGACAUGUCUGCUACUGGGUCAAUUGAGCAGUUUACUGCACUUCCGAACGGGGCAGUGCUCCAGAGCUCCUCAGCCCAGUUACAAAGACUCUCUCCUGAACAUGUCCUUUCACAUGACCCUACCAUCAAGAAUGUUCUCCAACUGGGCAUCAUCUGUCUGCCAGGCAGUCGUGACAGAGCUGGCAGAGCUGUGCUUGAAGUCCAUGGGGGAAAGAAUGGCUGGGUGUCCCCUCUGCUCUCUCCUCUGGUACUCUUCAAACUGGUCCUUUAUCUUCACUCCAUCCCGAGGAGACAAGUGAGAGAUCUGGGAUUAACAGUCAUAAUUAACAGCUGGUACAGUCCGAUUCCCUCAGUGCUCUAUAAGGCUUUGCUAAUGGUCCAGGAGCAAGUCCCUCAUGCUGUGCACAGUGUUUUGUUGUUAGUGGAAAAAGACCAAAGUCCUCGAGCAGACAGACCACAAGGAUUACAGAUGGAUAUUAUUACUUCACUAAAAGCUCUUCAUAAGAGUGUUGAUGGACAGCAGCUGACCAGUGAGUUUGGAGGAUCUUUCCCUUACAAUCACACUGACUGGCUACAAUUCUACCAAAAACUGUUCCUCUUUAAGAUGGAUCUUCAAGGAGCAGACUUGUUAUUACAGAGCGCAAUAAGAAAAUUGGACAGUAGCAAGAAAACUGACACAGCAGAGGAUGUAAGGAGGUGUAGCCAAGAACAGAAGAGUGCCAUGAAGCAGGUACUUGAAAAUACACAUAUGGUCACGCUUCAGAGGGACGGUGGUGCUAUACUAGCCAGAAUGCGGAAGGAAGAAUGUAGAUUUGCUCAGUCUGAAGACUACAGGGAUUCAAUGGAGGAUGUGCUUUGUCUGUAUAACCAAGUGGAAGAAGGAGUUCACACUCUGGUUAUGAGGUCCAACCAAUCACUGCAGCAUCUAGAUCAUGUGCUCCUACUGAGAGAAACAGAGGAACAACUUAAAACAAGCAGAGAGUGGUGUGAAGAGGAGGUGAGGAAAUGGCAGAGGGACCUCGACCCAGCAGAAGAAACCAGGGAGAUACUGGAGCAAAGACUCACAGACAUUCAUGCUGUUCUCACUCAGGCAAAGGAGCGAAAAGAGAAAGCAAUGUCACUGAUGAAAGAUGUGGAGAGAAAGAUCCAGGGAACAUGUUAUCCUGAGACUGACAUUUUCCAUAUUCACAUGACAAAGUUCAAAACCAACUUGUCAGCUUUCCUGGUGCAAGCUGAGCAGCGCAAAUCUGACCUGGAGGCAUUAAUCCGUCUGUUUCAUUUCUGUGAGCAGGCCUUUACUCUUACCAAAGAGUGCAGUCACUAUCUGGAACACAUGGAGAUGAGCUGUUACCCAGAGACGGCCAACAUCGACAAAUUGAAAUCUUUUCAGGAGAGAUUUAAAGCCUUUUCGCUUGAGCAUUUUGAGGAGGAGAGGAGUAAAGCUAUGACUGAGAAACAUCACAGAAUGAUCCAUGUGUGGAGUGAGGCUUGCUUGGUGUGCCAGGAGGUCAAGCAGACACUCGAGGAGAAGCUGCUAGAGCUUGAUGGAAAGCAAAAGUUUCAAAGAUUUCUACAGAGAGAUGAAAUGAUGUUGAAGAAUAACGAAGCCUCUUUGCAAAGUCCUAAUUCCUGCCUAGCCAGCUCCUCCCUGGGUAGUGUUAAUGCCCAGACACAGAAUCAAGAUAGUCAUGCUAGCCAUAAAUCUGUAAACAUACACAAAAAUUUAGCAUCAGCAAGCAUCUUAACUGCUAAAUUAGUAAAGGUUCCCCGUGGGCACUAUAGUGAGGCUGAUCUCAGGAAUGUUGACCUUAUUGGCAGGGGUGAGAGGAAUCGUGUGCUAGGCCGAUCCCAUAGCGAGGGCUCGUGUGUAAGAAGCUUUAGUCCUGUGAUACCUGUGUGCCAAAAAACAUCUACCAGCAAACCCAACGUGUUGCUAGUUGACAGAGAAUGUGUUGAUUAUCAUCAAGACAACUUCUGCUCAGACUUUUGCCAUAUGAAACUAGAAUGGAUCCAAAUGGAUAAUAGAGAUAAGUCCAGAGUCACUCUGGAUGACCAGGAUUCUCAAAUAUCUCAGCAAGAGAGCUUCUGCUCUAGUGUGUCCAGCCCAAGGCAGGGCUGGAUGAAGGAAGAAAAAAGCAGCAGGAACUACCUGGAUGAUACAAAUUCAGUCUACAUCUCUAAAGACCCUACAACUCCAGACAAGCUAAAAGAUAGCUCAGACUGCAACACUGCCUCAGAACUGGAGAACAGCAGCAAUUUACUUAAACUGCAGCACAUCAUGGAAGAAUUAUUGAAAACAGAAAGAGAAUAUGUGAAAGCACUGGGCUAUGUUAUGGAGCACUACUUCCCAGAACUUGAGCGCCAAGAUGUACCACAAGACCUGAGGGGACAAAGGGGAAACAUCUUUGGAAAUCUGGAAAAACUCAGAGAUUUCCAUCAACACCACUUUCUCAAAGAGCUGGAGCUUUGCCUCAGACACCCUUUUCAUGUAGGACGAUGUUUUCUACGACAUAAAGAGAGUUUUGGUCUCUAUGCUCUCUACAGCAAAAAUAAACCUCGCUCAGACCACCUGCUAAUCAACCAUGGAAAAGAGUUCUUUAAGCAGAAACAGCAGCUGCUGGGAGACAAAAUGGACCUAUCAUCAUACCUGCUGAAGCCAGUGCAGCGCAUCAGUAAAUACAGUCUGCUCCUGCAGGACAUGCUACAGGAGUGUGAUACAACGUCACACAAAGGUCCUGAGCGAGCCGAGUUACAGGCUGCAUUAGAGGUCAUCCAGUUCCAGCUUCGUCAUGGCAACAAUCUCCUUGCUAUGGAUGACAUCCAGGAAUGUGAUGUGAAUCUGAAGGAACAAGGGCAGCUGAUUCGCCAAGAUGAGUUCCUGGUGUCCUUUAGGAAGAAGAAAUAUUACAGACAUAUUUUCCUUUUCCAAGAUCUUAUCCUCUUUAGCAAGACCAAGAAGACAGAGGUUGGGAAUGACAUAUAUAUCUACAAACAGUCAUUCAAGACCUCUGACAUUGGGAUGACACAUAACUGUGGUGAUAGUGGGCUGUGCUUUGAAAUUUGGUUUCGAAGGAGGAAGUCACAGGACACAUACACACUACAGGCAAGAAGAUAUGAAGUGAAGAAAGACUGGACCAAAGACCUGGAGAGGAUUUUGUGGGAGCAGGCGAUACACAACAGGGAGAUUCGUAUGCAAGAGAGGGUCUUCAUGGGAAUUGGAUGCAAGCCUUUUAUGGACAUUAAGCCCAGUGAAGCUGCCAUCUGCGACCGUGCCAUUAACUGUGCUCUAACAGGACGAGACUGUAAGGCACCUGUUUUCUCUGGGAUGCCUGACACUGAACGAAGAUUUCUUGUCCAGAGGCCAAAUUCUACUGGUUCGGCCAGCUACGUGUCAUCUUGCAGCCACUCAUCUUCCUCCUCUUCCUCAGGGAGAGGAUCUGUCUCACCUGUCGGGAACCACAUUGGUGUUAGUAGAAGAGUUAUUUCUGUGCCUGACCCUGGAAGAUUCUCUAAUCCAGGAGAGCAUGAUUUAGACCAGGAAACUGUCAAGCAAAAUCAGCUUGCUGACAGUUCAGAAUCUUCAGGCGAGAGUGUUAGUGGCUUCAGCAGCUCUGGCUACAGUUUCCAGUCAGUGAUUGGCGGAGAACAUGAGGUACACUCCUUAGAGGUGUCUGACACUGGUCUGGGGAAAUCAUGGCCCCACAAAAUUGAGGAUUACCAGCAGCACAAAGACAAAUCAUCUAAACCACCAUACCAAAAGAGUGACCAACCACUCAAGGUUCAAGGGAGUAAUCACAUGGGAAAAUCAACUGAAGUUUGAAUAUAAUAUUAUUUCGGCCACGGAGCAUUAUGAAACGUUCCAUUUUACUUUGUAAAAGUACAUGCUGGUGCUUAUUCUGUCCAUAUUACAGGAGGAUGCUCUCAGUCACCACAGAUAGCCUUACCCUGGAGAGUGUGAUUGCAAAGUUGUACAACAUAUUUAUUAUUGUUUUAAAAAUUAUUUUUAGAACCUUGCAGUUUCUGCUUAUUCAUUUGCAAUGCUCUUUUUUUUUUUUACUCUAUUUGUUAUCCAGAUCAUUAGCUUAUCCAGUGUUACAGUUGCAUUCUGGUUCCUGUAUGAAUUUUGUUUUUCCUUUUCUGUAUGAGCUGAUUAAUGGUUUCCUGUUAAAAAUGUAUGUGCAGUAUUGCAAAAGGGAGUGAAAAGUACUGAUAAUUUUCUGCAGAUGUAAUUGGCACAGGAACUGUAUAUGUCUGAACGCAAACCAAAAUUAAAAGUUAUCACUUGCUACCUGAUGAACUCUACUGGAAAUGUAAGAACGGCAAACUUUUUAUUCUUCCAUUUUUUUUGGACAUGAUUUCAGCAGAUAAAGGUUCAUGCACAUUUUACUGAAGAUAUCCAAAACAGGUUUUGAAGAAAAGUUGAGAGAUUAACAAGCAAACUCAACCUGAUUUCCUGUUUGUUUGUAAGAUUGUAUCAUGUUCAUCAAGCCAAAACAGUUAUAUUCUAAUAUGUUCAAAGAGAAAUGGUGAAAAGCAAAAGUUCUGGUAUAUAACCAGCAUCACAUCUUUGCAUAUGCUAAAUCUCUAACACUGAAUCCAUGUGUUUAAUCAUGCGUUUGUAUCUGGUUGAAAUGUUUCAGCAGAUAAGAUCAGUGAUCCCUGUCUCACAAAUUCAGAAUAUGUAACUAGCACAUUGGGUUCACAUAUUAAUAUUUUGUGUCAAAAAAGAAUAUUUCAGUAAUUAUUAUAAGACAAUGGUAAACAGUGUAAGAAUGGCCAUGGGCUCCAAUUUAUCAAUCAUGCAUACGCUUAAUUUUGUGCAUAGACAUUUGAAAUCACAUGAAAUGUUGGUAAAUUUAUAUAAAGGCACAUCUAUUGACUAGGAUGAUGCCUUGAUUAAAGGUGUGGUAAAUAUGACUUUGCUCAUCAAGUCUCUUGGUGAGUACAGUUUUGUUGUUUGUGGACACAACCAAGACAUAAAAGUUUUAUGAUUAUAAUAUCAAGGAUUGUCAUUGCACUGAAAGCCCAGGUACUUAAUAAAGUUAAAAAAGGUGAACUGAAUAAAAGCUAAGUAAAUUUAAAUAA